AUGCCCGACACGAAGAAUGAGUUGUGGCGCGAGACGCCUCUCAUCUACUCGACACACAUAUCCAAACGUCUGGGCGAUGACUAUGCAGUAUAUCUGAAGAUGGAGACCCUCCAGCCCGGCCAUGCCUUCAAAUCGCGCGGCAUCUCCCACUUCAUCCAGAAGCAAGUCGAAGCGCGCGAUCCUAGUCUGCACGUCUUCUGUGCAUCUGGUGGUAACGCCGGGAUCGCAGCAGCUGCUGCAUCCCAAACAUUGGGCGUGAAAUGCACGAUCUUCUUGCCGGAAGGCGUCGAUGCGCGCACGCAACAGUUCCUCGUGAACCUCGGUGCAGAGGUUGUAGUGGCCGGCGCAGUGUAUAGCGAGGCUGUACAAGCUGCUGUACAAGCCGUCGAGAGAGAAGAGAACGCUGUUCUUGCGCCGGCGUACGAGCAUCCGACGGUCUGGGAGGGUCAUUCCUAUAUGGUUGGCGAAAUCAAGAAGCAGUUGCCGGACGACGUUGUUCCGGAUGCGAUCUUCUGCAGCGUUGGCGGCGCAGGUCUUCUGGGCGGUAUAAUCCUCGGCUGCAAGAGCGCUGGCUGGGACAAGGUUCCUCUCGUGGCGCUCGAGACACACGGCUGUAACGUCUUCUAUGAGGCCAUGGCCGCGAAUAGGCGGCCCGAUGCGGUGGUGCCCUCUAACAUCACUAUCAGGACCGAUGAAACCCAUGGGGUGAAAGUCGCAAAAGCGAAGAAGCUCACGUCGAAGGCGACCUCUCUCGGAGCUACCGAGGCAGCAGCCGGGGUUAUCAAGUUGGCAUUGGACCGCGCAGGCGAGGUUCGCUGCGCGACGAUACCAGACGAGAUGGCUAUGCACAUCUCGAGGUUGUUCGCAGACGAACACAAGACCUUGGUGGAGCUGGCAUGUUCAACGACGCUGGCCCCAGCGUACUCUCCGGAACUCCUCAAGGCGCUGGUUCCACCGGUUUCCGGACGGAAGACUGUGCUGGUGUUCAUCGUCUGCGGUGGAUUCAAGAUCUCACUUGAUGACCUAGCGCUGUAUAAGGCGAUCAUUGAGGCCGAUGCCUCGCCGGCGUAUACCGUCAGGCUGGGGUCGGGAGAGGAGAUCCAGGCACAGAAAUGGGCGUAG